UAUACUUCUAUUACGAACUUUUCUGUAUUAAUGCACGCUAAUUAUGAAUUUUAUUUUACUGUCAUUAAAUAUAUUGUAAUCUUAUAUUUUAAUGAUUUCAUUUGAAUAAACAUAUAAAUUAUUAUAAGACACAAUGUAUAACGUUGAGGCAGAUGGUUGUUUACACAUACACACACAAGAAGAAUAUAAAUUGAUUAAUUGUUUAACCAAGGCUGCAUCUGUUUUGUUAAAUCAAUGAAAUGUAUAUACUUGUACAUAGACAUGUUAUAAAAGUGAAUGGUUUACCUUUGCCUUUCGGUCUUAAAUGAGAGUUACAUUUAUCUAUUUGUCAGUGCAAUUGACUAUAUUCAAAACUAAGUAUUAGAACGCAUCGUUCAAGAUGACCGAAUACUGGCUUAUAUCAGCACCAGGAGAUAAAACUUGUCAACAGACAUGGGAAACGAUGAACAAUUUAACUAACAAACAAAAUUCUUUAUCUGAAAAUUUCAAGUUUCAUAUACCUGAUCUUAAAGUGGGAACGCUAGAUCAGCUGGUUGGUCUAUCCGAUGAUCUAGGAAAAUUGGAUGCAUUUGUGGAACAAGUUACACGCAAAGUUGCUACUUAUUUAGGAGAAGUUUUAGAAGAUCAAAGAGAUAAACUACAUGAAAAUCUUUUGGCCAAUAACAGUCAAACAUCAGUGGAUGGGGAGAGCUUGAGUCCCGAAGGGGGUCCGGACACCCCGCCAAACACACCUGUUACUCCGUCACACAAGACUACAAGGGAGCACCACAGGCAGUGGAGGGAGUUGGACGAGUCAGAACCAGAAGCAGCAGCCCGUUUAGGUCAGCAUUAUCACCAUCGUCAUCAUCACCAUGACCAUCGUUAUAGCCACUAUCAUCAGAACCAUCUAUCCAACUCUGAAAAGAAGUCAUUACAUAAUACUCAAGGUGUCAGCGAUAUUCGAACGUCGAAUGAUCCUUCGUCAGUGUAUUCAUGUUACCGUGCACGUUGGUGCACUGCUUCAACUCCUUCAACACCUACUCCAAGUCCUGGCUCAGCGAGCCCAACUCCUUCCUUUUCAUCAACCUGCAGCAGUGAAGAAGAUAAAUGGCAGUCAACAACGCAACCGAGGAGUACCGAAAAAGCAGACCAAACCGCCUCUAAUUGUGCAUCAAUUGACGAUAAUGACGAUGACAACCAUGAUGUGGGCCAAAGCGAUGACCAAGAUCAAGACCAUAGUGGCAGUUUGCCUAAUCCAGGUGAUCUACCUUCGUAUAUAACUCGAUUCCAGUGGGAUAUGGCUAAAUAUCCGAUAAAACAAUCAUUAAGAAAUAUUGCGGAUAUAAUUAGCAAACAAGUGGGUCAAAUAGAUGCCGAUCUUAAAACUAAAUCUACAACGUACAAUAAUUUGAAAGGAAGCUUACAAAAUCUUGAGAAAAAACAAACUGGAAGUUUGUUAACAAGAAACCUAGCGGAUUUAGUUAAAAAGGAGCAUUUUAUUUUAGACAGUGAAUAUUUAUCAACGUUACUUGUGAUCGUACCAAAGUCUAACUAUCACGAUUGGUACAGUGGGUAUGAAAAGUUAAAUAAUAUGAUUGUACCCCGUAGUACACAGCUUAUAGUCGAAGAUUCUGAAUAUGGAUUAUUUACAAUUACAUUGUUCAAAAAAGUUAUUGAAGAAUUUAAAUUGCAUGCGCGCGAAAAGAAAUUUAUCGUACGCGACUUCACAUAUAAUGAAGAAGAACUAGCCGCAGGUAAAAACGAAAUAACGAAACUGGUAACCGAUAAGAAAAAACAAUUUGGAUCGUUAGUGCGUUGGUUGAAAGUAAACUUUAGCGAAUGUUUCUGCGCUUGGAUUCACGUUAAAGCUCUACGUGUAUUCGUAGAAUCCGUUCUUAGGUAUGGUUUACCUGUUAAUUUCCAAGCAAUUUUAUUGCAUCCGCAUAAAAAAUCUAUGAAGCGAUUGCGCGACGUUUUAAAUCAGCUUUACGCUCAUUUGGAUUCUUCCGCUACAGCAUCAGGGCAGAACCAAGAUAGUAUGGAUAUACCAGGAUUAGGAUUUGGACAAAGCGAUUAUUUUCCUUACGUGUAUUAUAAGAUCAAUGUGGAUAUGGUUGACAGUAAGGUGUAAUAAUUCACACUUGUUAAAAGGUUCUUUCCUUAUAUUUCAAUUACACUUUUUACUUUUCUUCGGGCGACUAUUGUUAUUCAUAAAUGCAUACAAAAAGAUAACUAAUUUAUCUUUACUUCAAAGAUAUUAAUUAAAUUUUGUUUGCAUUUGUAGAAACGCCAAUUGCAUUCUUAUCCUUGGUUACCAUAUAAUUAUUGUAACGAUCUAUUCCAGAAAAAAAUGUAAUUGUAUAAUAAUUAUUCAUCAGAAAUCACUAUUUUUAUAGCGACUCGAAAGAUUUGAAAAUGCACAUAUAUAUGAACUUUUAAACAAAUUAUCGCAUAUAUAACAAAUUUGUAUAAGGAGUUAAACGUUAGUGUGUACAUACUUUAUUGUUUAGAAAUAUUAAUUUUCAUUUAAUAGAGACUCUUUUAUUUUUAUUUUUUUCUCUCCUACUUUGCCAAAGAUUGGAUUUAUACAACUUGUUGCAAUAGUAAUGGAAUAAAAUUACCAUUCAUCAAAUUAUUUUCGUUAAUCGUAUGCGCAAUUUUACGAUAAUAUGAUUAAUUUCUCUUUUGAUCCGUCGACGACGAAACGCAUAAUUUUAACAUACAUACAACUUCUAUACGAUAUUUCAACAGGUACAGAAAUUAUAUUAUUUAUUAUAAUACAAUGAGUGUUGCUGCGCAUCACUCUUAUUUGUAUUCUUUUUUUUUUCAAUCUUGCCUGUAGAAUCAAACUCGACACGAUCCUUAAUUCACUCAGGAAAAGUAGGCAUUAGAAUAUUUAUGCAUAUUAUUAUUUAUGCGUUAUUUCAUUCUACUUUUUAAAGUGAUCAAUACUUUAUACAUCACUUUAAAUGCCAAUAAUAAUAAUAAUAAUAAUAAUAAUAAUAAUAAUGUAAUUGUUAAAUAUGUAAUGAUUAUACACAGGUGAGCAUGAAUUAAAGUAUUCACGCAUAUAAUAAUAAGAAGAAAAAAAAAGCUGUGUGCUUUAUUAAAAGGCCUGGAUUCUGGGCAAUACGUUAGAAUUAUAUUUUUGUUGUUGUUGUCGUCUGAAACGACAACCAAAAAUAUAAAAAAACUGUUCGUAUGUAAUUACUAGAAAUGCUUUAAAAAGAAAAAAAAAAAAAGAAAAGUGUUUUGGUACAUAUUUAUUAAGAAUUAACGUUGCACAAUAUUACUGUAAGUAUAUAAUAAUGCAACACAACUGUGGCAUUUCGCUGUUAUCACUUAGAAAAAUUCUAAUAUCGUAUAUAAAAAAAAAAAAAAAAAAA